UGAAGGUUACCUCGUGCAUAGUGCGUAAACGGUGCAGGGAGGAGACGAAUAUUCCGCUGCUCUCACACACUCUAUCAACGGCGCCGUAUGAUGCUAGCCUGAAAUCUUACCUAAGGUUUUCAACAAACCAAAAUAAUAUCAACUUGAGUAGGAUAUUGUAAAACAAUGUUUUUGUGAAGCGCAUUCAUCAGACCAUAUGGCAGUGCCUUUGGUGGAGCAACUUAUUAUUUGCUUCUGAACAACCAGACUCGAUGAACAAUUUGAGAACUUUGAGCAAAAUGUUCAAGCCAAACGGAGGACUUCAGACGCGGUGAAUUUGGAUAUCUUUGGAUUUAAAAGACGGAUCCCUGUAAGAGCAGUGGUUCAAUCAAACUUAUGGCGUGAAGGGCCCGUUCUCGGCCUUCGUCACUCACAGCUAAUGGAUGUCCUCACACAGUAUGCCUACAAUGAGAGUUUCUGGGACAAUGGGAACGGGAGCUUCAAUGACACGGAGAGUGGGCAGAAGCACCCGUACAAUUACUAUGCCAUGCUCCUGACGCUGCUCAUCCUCGUCAUCGUCUUUGGCAAUGUGUUGGUGUGCAUGGCCGUGUCCAAGGAGAAGGCCCUCCAGUCCACCACCAAUUACCUGAUCGUCAGCCUGGCCGUGGCUGACCUGCUGGUUGCCACCUUGGUUAUGCCCUGGGUGGUCUAUCUGGAGGUGGUGGGAGAGUGGAGGUUUAGUAAAAUCCACUGUGACAUCUUUGUCACCCUAGAUGUCAUGAUGUGCACUGCAAGCAUCCUCAAUCUCUGUGCCAUCAGCAUUGAUCGAUACACAGCAGUCGCCAUGCCCAUGCUGUACAACACGCGCUACAGCUCCAGACGACGAGUCACUGUUAUGAUCUCGGUGGUGUGGGUUCUGUCCUUUGCGAUAUCAUGCCCCCUGUUGUUUGGCCUAAAUAACACAGCGACUCGCGACGAGUCCCUGUGCAUCAUCGCCAACCCGGCCUUUGUGGUGUACUCCUCCAUUGUGUCCUUCUACAUUCCCUUCAUCAUCACUCUGCUGGUCUACGUGCAAAUUUAUGUGGUGCUUCGCAAGCGGCGAAAACGGGUGAACACAAAGCGCUCGUGUCAAGGGACAGGCGACCACGACACAGGCGUUACGUUAAAGGAGAAGUGCAGUCACCCAGGAGAUGUGAGGCUGUGCACUGUGAUUGUGAAACCUAACGGGAGCUUCCCUGUCAACAAGAAAAAAGUGAUCUUCAUCAAAGAGGUGGCCCGCGAAGGGGACGACAUGGAGUUGGACGAGGUGACCAAUUGCAACCCUCAGAAACAGAAGAAUGUGGACAAUGCCACCGCCACGCCUGUCAGCCACCAGCUCCUCCCGCCAACCAAGGCCAACGCCAGCCCCACCUCCGUGUCCCCCUCCCCGCCUGAGAGCUCCCUCAAAGUGGAAAAGAACAGCGACUCGAAGGAUAUACUGGCGGUGGUGCCCAAAGUGGCCAAAGUGUUUCAGACCGAGGCCUUACCCAACGGCAAAACCCAGACGUCUAUCAAGCAGCAACCCGCUCUCAUGAGUAAGAGGAAGAUCUCCCAACAGAAGGAAAAGAAAGCCACUCAAAUGCUAGCCAUAGUCCUUGGUGUAUUUAUCAUAUGCUGGCUACCUUUUUUCAUUACUCAUAUAUUGAACACCCACUGCACCACGUGCAAGGUUCCUGCGGAGAUGUAUAACGCGUUCACGUGGCUGGGGUAUGUGAACAGUGCGGUGAACCCCAUCAUAUACACCACUUUCAAUAUAGAGUUCAGAAAAGCUUUCAUCAAGAUCCUGCAUUGCUAAGGUUGAUGUUUGAGCAGGGAGCUGAAA